GGUUGGAAUAUAGUUCAGUGUCAAAGCUUUUUGUUAUCCGAAACACAGAGGGACAUAGCUCAGAGAACCUGCUUUAAUAGUGCUGUGCCCAUAAUGGCACUAAAUAUAGCAGGGACCCUUCUCCUGGCUACUGGGAUCACUCUCCUGAUUUACCUUGUUAAAUGGUGGAGUAAGAUAUCACAGAAGAACCUGCCCCCGGGGCCCACACCUCUGCCCCUGCUGGGAAAUAUCAUGCAGAUCAGCACCACAGAAUUUCCACAGUCUUUGGUUAAGCUGAGUGAGAAGUACGGACCUGUGUACACCCUCUACAUCAUCAACAAUCCUGCAGUCAUGCUGAUUGGCUACGAUGCUGUGAAGGAGGCGCUUGUUGACCGCAGCGAUGCGUUUAGUGACAGAGGGGAAAUGGAAUUUACAGAUCUGUUCUUUAAGGAUUAUGGGAUCAUCAUGAGCAAUGGGGAAAGAUGGAAGACAAUGCGUCGCUUCUCUCUCAUGACUAUGAGGAAUUUUGGAAUGGGAAAGAGAAGCAUUGAGGAAAGGAUCCAGGAGGAGGCCCAGUGUCUUGCGGAGACAUUCAUGGAGAAUAAAGGCACCCCAUUUGACCCAGAAUAUAAACUGAGACAGGCUGUAUCCAAUGUUAUUUGCUCCGUUGUAUUUGGCAAGAGAUUUGACUAUGAGGACAAGAAAUUCACGAACCUCAUGUCAUACAUUAUAGACCUUGUCCAGCUAAUAAACUCUGCCUCGGGUCAGCUUCUUAAUUUCUUCCCAACCUUGAUGAAAUAUGUCCCAGGCCCUCAUCAGAAAAUUUUCCUAACUUUAAAAAAGCUGAAGGACUUUGUAAAAGACAUGGUGAGGACUCAUCAAAACACACUGGAUAUGGACUGCCCACGAGACUACAUAGACUGUUUCCUCAUAAGGAUGGAAGAGGAAAAAAAUAACCCAAAUACAGAAUUUCAUGAUGUGAACUUACAGUCGGCAGUAAUUGACCUGUUUUCUGCUGGAACAGAAACUACAAGUUUGACACUGAGAUAUGGAUUCCUGAUUCUGCUGAAAUUCCCUGAGAUACAAGAGAAGAUCCACAAGGAAAUAGACAAUGUAAUAGGCAGAGAUCGCUGCCCAUCAGUGGAGGACAGGAGUAAGAUGCCGUACACAGAUGCUGCUAUACAUGAGAUCCAGAGAUUUGCUGAUAUUGUUCCUGCAGGAGUCUUGCGUGCAGCCAGCAAAGACACAACCUUCAGGGGAUAUCCUAUUCCAAAGGGAACCAUGGUGUUUCCAGUCCUGACCUCCGUCCUUAAAGACCCCAAGCAGUUCAAGAACCCAGAUAAGUUUGAUCCUGGACACUUUCUUGAUGAGAAUGGUGGCUUUAAGAAGCAUGAUGCAUUCAUGCCAUUUUCUGCAGGGAAACGCAUGUGUUUGGGGGAGGGUCUGGCUCGGAUGGAACUCUUCCUCUUCCUCACCACUAUACUGCAAAAGUUUAUGCUGAAGACCACAGUGGAAAACAAUAACAUAAACAUAACACCAGAACCAAAAACCAAUGGUUCUCGACCUAGGCCCUAUAAUAUGUUUGUGGUCCCUCGCUAGACAAGUAUUUAUAUAACAUUCAAUGACACAAAAGCUAUAAACAUCACACCAGAAUGAAAUAGCAAUGCUUAAAGACUACUUUUAGGGGGACAUGUACUAAGCAGUGAUAAAAGUGGAGAAGUUGCCCAUGGCAACCAAUCAGCUGCUCUGUAUACUUUUAUAGUAUGCAAAUUAUAAAUGUUACAUCAAUGCUGAAUGCUUGCCAUGGGCAGAGCCUGCCUUACGCAUAGGCAAACUAGGCAAGUGCCUAGGGCACUUGGUAUGCUUAGGGGCACCAGCAGCUUCUGCUGAUUAAAACGAUAUGCGGCAUGCCUAUAUUCUGUGUGUGACUACAGCUGUAUCUGCAUACGAAAUGCUACGUUGCAGUGUAUUCCUGGAAAUCAUGUUAAUGUAGCAUUUUGUAUGCAUAUACAGCCGCAGUCGCACACAGUAUACAGGCAUGCUGCAUAUCAUUUUAAUCAGCAGAAGCUGCUUGUGCAUCCUAGCCACAUAGUACUGCAAAUAAGAUGCAUUUUCAUAAACAAAAGGCGCCCGACGUUAGCAGAGCUGCCAGCUGACUCAUGCCAGGCAUCUCCUGCAGAACUAGCGGCGGUGCUAGGGUGCACCAGCCAAAAUCUUGCCUAGGGCAUCAUAUUGGUUAGGGACGGCUCUGGCAAUGAGCAGCUUCUCCACUGGCUUACUUGUGCACUUUUUUCACUGCUUAGUACAUCUCCCCCUUAGUAUGAUGAAUGCUUGCCAAUUUAACAACAAAUUAUAUUUCCUAUUACAUAUUUCAUGAGCACCUAUGACUUCAAAAGCUGAAUAACUUCAUAAAUAAAAAUAUUUAUAACACAA